UUUCUUUCUGUUGGCUUUUCUUAUGUACAUAUACAUGCAUUAUUAUUAUUUUUUUUUUGCUGCAGGCUCCCAUUGUACCCUUGAGCUCAUCAUUUCCCUUCUAGGUGGUGCCUCCUCAAACAUGUCUGGUCCCUGGGCACAGAUACAUCCCACAGACCCUGCUGAAAGCCUGAUUGGGAGCAACCAGAGUUCUGUGGUGGAAUUUGUCCUCUUGGGUUUUUCCCAUGUUCCCAGGCUGAAGCUAGUCCUCUUUGUGUUGUUUCUGGGAAUGUUUCUAAUCACGAUACUGGGAAAUGGUCUCAUUGUACUCCUGUCUCUGGUGGACACUGCCCUCCACACACCUAUGUACUUUUUCCUCCGGAAUUUGGCCCUGGUGGAGAUCUGCUUCUCUUUGGACAUUGUGCCCAGGAUGCUAGAAAGCCUGGUGGCUGGUAGGGGCAUCUCCCUGUCAGGCUGUGCCCUCCAGCUCUUUCUCCUUCUUUCCUGUGUCACAUCAGAGUGUUUCCUCCUGACAGUGAUGGCCUAUGACCGCUAUGUGGCCAUCUGCCACCCACUGCACUAUGGGGUCCUCAUGAGUCAGCAGCUCUGUCACCUCCUGGCUGGGGCAUGCUGGGUGGCAGGCAUCCCUGUUUCCCUGCUCUUCACCAUUUGGCUCUUUCGCUUCCCGUUUUGUGGGCCCCGAGGGGUUCGCCACUUCCUCUGUGAUGUGGCACCACUCUUGAGGCUGGUGUGUGCUGACACUUCUGUCUUUGAAGCCUACAUCCGGGUAGCUACAGUUCUUGUUCUAAUGGUCCCCUUCUCCCUCAUCACUGUGUCCUAUGGCCGUGUGCUGGCUGCUGUUGUACGCAUGCCUUCAGCCACUGGGCGCCAUAAGGCCCUCUCUACAUGUGCUUCCCAUUUUCUUGUGGUGGCCCUAUUCUAUGGCACUGCUUGUGUCAUCCACCUCCAGCCCAAGUCCACCUACUCUCCUGAGAGCAAGCAAGUUGUGUCCCUGUCCUACACCCUUGUCACUCCCAUGCUCAACCCCAUCAUCUACAGUCUGAGGAACAAGGAGGUGAAAGCUGCUCUCUGGAGGAUUUUAGGCAGAAAAAAAGGGAGUGUCUAGAUGGCCUGAAAUCCAUUGUCUGUUAUAGGUUAUAACUCAUGAUGGUAGAGUGGGACCACCGAGAGCCAACAUUAGGAGGCUGUGGGCAAUGGAACUGCUUUCCAGGAUCAUCAUUGAGUCAUAGACUUCUCGAACAGGAUGGAACCAGGGAGAAUCUAGUCCAACCCGACCUGGAACAACCCCCUCCUACAGUAUUCCAAGGUGUUGGUCAUAUAACCACUGGAAGACCUCUUGUGAUUUAGAACACACCAUUUUUUGGUAUCUGAUAUCAAACCCAUCCUUAUAUCAGGGACCCUUACAACAUGAAAGGAGACUUCUUAUUUCAUUGGUUCAUUUCCUACUCCUAGAAAAUUUAGAGAAAUCCUUACCAGAAACCUCUCAUCAAAACGAUUUCUAGUGAGUGGUUGGUGUUGUUCUUGACUUGUGUCUGACUCUUUGUGACUUGUAUA